AUGUACCUCCUAUUCGCCGUUCUCGUGUCUCACGCGUUGCCAGCGAUUCUCUCGCUUCCCAUCUGUACCGAAUGUCCCACUGGUGGGAUUUGGUCGCGUUGGAGGGACACUACGGAUUGCACAAAGCGCUGUGGAUUGAAUGCGAAAUCCACUACCACUACCGCAACUUAUGGAUGCGACUCUUGCACACUUGCUCAACUUCUUGCUAUUAGAAGACCCCCAAGCCCAGCCACUUUCACACCAGUUUUCAGUUAUGAUUCUGUCACUGGCUGCGCUCAAGUGAGCGGGAAUUGCAGUGGAUCUGCAGUUGACGUUGUACAAAUCGGCGGCAGCGCAGUGGCUGGACAAACGGGUUUUCUCGGCUAUGUCUGUGGUUGUGGAUGGGUAAGUACCAAGCCAGAAGCUCCUUUUGUCUGCUCGCCUGCUGGAAAAUGGCAAUUUGGCGGGGAAACACUUGGCGAUUGGUACUGCUAUGUUUAUGCAAGUUGUCCGUGUUCAGGAAAG